UUUGGAAAUCCUUUUUGAGAUAUCUAUGUUAUUUGAGAGAAAGUUAUGAGCAUUUAGGUUUUUUUCUAACUUUCUAGUGAAACACCAGGAUGAUGUUUCUUUGGUCAAUCAUUAUUCUUUAGAAACAUUAACUAAUUUACCCUCUUAUGAGUCCUAGAAGUGUAUCAUAACAUUGUACAGAGACAGAAGUCUGAUGUCAUGUGAACUGCUUAAGGUUGAAGAUUAGAAUUUCUAGGCGAAUGAACCUAGGAUUUUAAGUCACUGUUGGUUUCACAGCUGGUCUGGGCAGCUUUAAUUCUGCUGAGAAGGAAGGAAUACAUGCCUCCUGUGAAUUUCUGAAGAAGGCUUGAUCAUUAACUCUUUCCUUUUAUUGCACAGAAUAUAAAAGUCACUAGCCAGAAUUAGCCAGGCACACAUUGUGGUUUCUAUUCAGGGGAUAUUUUAAACUGUUAUUUUUGUUCAUUUUUUCUUCUUAGUCUUUGCUAAUUGAGCCAGGUGUUUUUCUGUUUAUUGACAGCUAGGAUUGUGUUUCAGCAGAGCUUCAGCAUCUGUUCUUAACUUCAACUGCAGCCUUAUCCUUUUACCUAUGUGCCGAACACUCCUGGCUUAUCUUCGAGGAUCCCAGAAGGUACCAAGCAGGAGAACAAGAAGAUUGUUGGAUAAAAGCAGAACAUUUCAUAUAACCUGUGGUAUUACUAUCUGCAUUUUCUCAGGUGUGCAUGUGGCUGCCCAUCUGGUGAAUGCCCUCAACUUCUCAGUGAACUACAGUGAAGAUUUUAUUGAACUGAAUGCAGCAAGAUACCAAGAUGAGGAUCCUAGAAAACUACUCUUCACAACUGUUCCUGGCCUAACAGGGGUCUGCAUGGUGGUAGUGCUGUUCCUCAUGAUUACAGCAUCUACAUAUGCAAUAAGGGUUUCUAACUAUGACAUCUUCUGGUAUACUCAUAACCUCUUCUUUGUCUUCUACAUGCUGCUGAUGUUGCAUGUUUCAGGAGGACUGUUGAAGUAUCAAAUUAAUUUGGAUACCCAUCCUCCUGGAUGCAUCAAUCUUAACAAAACACACUAUCAGGAUAUUUCCUCACUGGAAUAUGUCUCAGAACAUUUUCAUGAACCAUUUCCUGGAGGAUUUUCAAAACCAGAAGAGCUUAACGGGAAAACAUUUGUGAAGAUUUGUGUGGAAGAACCCAAGUUCCAAGCUAAUUUUCCCCAGACUUGGCUUUGGAUUUCUGGACCUUUGUGCCUAUACUGUGCAGAAAGACUUUAUAGGUGUAUCCGGAGCAAUAAGCCAGUUACCAUCAUCUCAGUCAUUAGUCAUCCAUCAGAUGUCAUGGAAAUCCAGAUGGUCAAAGAAAAUUUUAAAGCAAGACCUGGUCAGUAUGUUAUUCUUCACUGUCCCAGUGUAUCUGCAUUGGAAAACCAUCCAUUUACUCUCACAAUGUGUCCUACUGAAACCAAAGCAACAUUUGGGGUUCAUCUUAAAAUAGUAGGAGACUGGACAGAAAGAUUUCGAGAUUUACUACUGCCUCCAUCAAGUCAAGACUCUGAGAUUGUGCCCUUCAUUCAGUCUAGAAAUUAUCCCAAGCUGUACAUUGAUGGUCCAUUUGGAAGUCCAUUUGAGGAAUCUCUGAACUAUGAAGUUAGCCUCUGUGUGGCUGGAGGCAUUGGAGUAACUCCAUUUGCAUCAAUACUCAACACCUUGCUGGAUGACUGGAAACCAUACAAGCUUAGAAGACUGUAUUUUAUUUGGGUGUGCAGGGAUAUCCAGUCCUUCUGUUGGUUUGCAGAUUUACUCUGUAUGUUGUAUAACAAGUUUUGGCAAGAGAACAGACCUGACUAUGUCAACAUCCAGCUGUACCUCAGUCAAACAGAUGGGAUACAGAAGAUAAUUGGAGACAAAUAUCAAGCACUGAAUUCAAGACUUUUUAUUGGACGUCCUCGGUGGAAACUUAUAUUUGAUGAAAUAGCAAAAUGUAACAGGGGGAAAACGGUUGGUGUUUUCUGUUGUGGACCCAGUUCAAUUUCCAAGACUCUUCAUAAAUUAAGUAACCAGAACAAUGCCUAUGGAACAAGAUUUGAAUACAAUAAAGAAUCUUUUAGCUGAAACCCUAUGUGGUGAACCAGGACUCUAAAGAAGGAAUGAGUGCAAUUUCCAAGACUUGGAAGCUCAACUGAAUCGAACAGUUGUGUUAUGCCAAAGAGUAACAAGCUUUUCUUAUUUAUGAUUAUUUAAAAUGAAAAUGCAGAGAAUGUGGCAGCAUGACAGGUCACAUUACAUGUUUAAUCUGGAAACCAAAGACCUGAGGAAUAUCUGAAGUGGUGAUUCACUUUUCAAUGUUCAAAUUACAAGAAUACUAUUAGAUACACACUGUUAAUCUUUAUGGCAAAUUUGGGAACUCCCUGGUGAGGAGCUGAACUCACUCACUCUGAAGCUGUUAGCUGUGGUCCUCUUUAAAUUGUUUUUGGUUGAACAAAUACAAGAUUGAAAAAAAAAUAAAAAUUCAUUGAAACUCAGAUUACAUUUCCUACAUUGCAUAUAACAGAGUAGCUUUAAUUUGGAGAGGCUCCAGGCAAAUAUAUUUGAUGUUUGAAAAUGCAGCACAUGAUUCUGGUUGAUUCAGGUACUUUGUGUCAGUAUCCAAUCUUCUUCACCAUUGAUGCUAAUACCUCUCUUUGUAUCUGUACACAGCAUGCUAACUGAACCUUCUGCAGAUGUUGAUAUAUCAUCUAUUUUUAUGUUUUUCUCUCUUCCUUGUCCUCUGUCUAGUGAAAUCUGUCCUUCUUUACUAUCAUUAGACACAAUGAUUCAAUAAGUUCUUUUCAUCUCCUAUUUACUUAAUCUAUUACUACUACAUAGUAAUGAAAAUAUCAUUACUAUAAUUUUAAUGGGACAUAUAUGCUUUUUUCCUUUUUCACUGUUUUAGCCCCUGCUGUUUUUUUUUCACUCCCCUCUCCCCCAGAUAUAGUUUGUCUAAGGUUUUAGCUCAAAGUACUUUGUCUGAUUUGUACUCCGAGAUCAAAGAGUACUAUAUUUGGUAGCAGGCACUGAAAUAUAAGUUUCAUCUCUUUUGUCACACAUUGCUAAGCCCAACAUCCACUCCCAGUACUAGGAUUGAACCCAGGGGCAUUAAGCUACAUCCUCAGAUCUUUUUUAAUUUUUAUUUUGAGACAGGGUCUCACUAAAUUGCCCAGGCUGGCCUUGAACUUGCCAUCCCCCUGCCUCAGUCUCUAGAGUAUCUGGAUUGCAGGUGUGUAUACAUGUUGUUUUAUGUUGGAGACAGUUAAAGUGUAGUCACAUUCCUAAACAGGGACCUGCUGUUUUACUUUCUACAAAAGUAGAUGUACCUCACUAGCUAUUGAAAUUUCAGUUUAGAAUUAAGAGUGGUAUUGUUGCACUGGAUGAUGUCAUAAAUUCUUAGGAUUAAAAUUACUGUUGGGCUAUGCUGUAUGAUUCCAUCAGUUUGUAAUGCCUGGCAGUUAUAUUCUUGCCUUAGAGGAAAAAUCCUCUUUACUAUCCUAAGAAUUCAGGCAUUCAUACAAUUUAGUGAUUUUUGUUCAGUAGACAUCUAUGAAUUAUCAUCAAAUAGAACAAAUUUCUGAAAUCAGCAAUUCACUUGUCUGGUCUUUAUUAAAAUCUUGCAAAUAACACAAUAUAAUAGAUGCUGUUGUCUUUUUUUUUUUUUUUUGCUAUGAUUCACCAAUAGCAAUCGAGCAUGCUAAACCAUUCAAUGCCGUUCUUCAUUUGCCUGGAUUUUUUUCUUCUCCCUUCUGCAGAAAGAAGGUGAGUCAGAAAGUGAUUAAAAAAUGUGCAAUGCUCCUGCAAAUUUACAUCUGAAAGCAUAAUUAAUAACUAGUACAUCUUAGCAAAACUUUCUAGAUUAAAAAGAAUUUUCAUGAAAACAUGUAAUGGAAAGAAUUAGUAAAAAGAAUUGAGUUUAUGCAAUCUUUAUGUGCAAUACUGACUUUACUGAUCAUAAUGUAUUUUUGUGCUUUCAUUAGGGCAUUUAAUUUUGGUAAUACAGUAAUAUUUUUUAAACGAAACAUGGUAUUUCAGACCAGGUUUGCUAUGCUAAAUGAAACUCCUUGCCUCUUCUAAAUUCUAGUAGAUGUUUAAAUAUUAAUAUUCAACAGUUAAAUUUUGUUUCUGUUUAUAAGAAUGAAUUUAAAGCACAUAUGAUAUCUUCAUUUUGCUUUGAAGAACUCUUUCUAUAGGGGAUUGUUGUGGUACAAGUAUUCUAUCACUAAUUUUAAUGGCAACACACAAUAAAAUUGAAAUGGUGUCCUUGGAAUUUCUAUAAGCUCACCUUGCCUUUGCAACAAUAAAGCUGUAACAUUUGUUCACAA